UAAUACCCCGUUUUAUUCGGUUUAAAGCUCUCCCAUCGAACGGUCGUGCUUCUGUGCCUCUGUGCCUUGCUCCGGUCUGUCGCCCGCCCAUUGAUCGCCUCGCCUCGUACGCCGCCAGGUACCGGACCCGACCUGAGUCGUUUCAUUCGGGCAACCAAAUCAGUGUCGUACGCAAAGCGCACACGCAAAAAAAAGCGGAGGUCCGUAGUCACCCUCCCCUUCCUCGGUCUGCCGACACGAUCAGCGUUUGUAGCUCUCUGCUCUGCGCAGCCUGAACCGAGAGGAUCGCCCGUAUGCAUGUCUUAUAGAUAAGACAUCCAGCAACAAAGUAGAAGGAAGGAAGACUCACUGCCAUACCCCACAUACCCCCAAUAACAGGCACAGAAAUGGAGCGCUCGACAGCUCUGUCCGCCUUGAUGGCCCUGCUCCUGAUUGUGGCCGCUGCAGCCACGCCCACACCUGCCGCCCACUGCCCGGAGGACUGCAGUUGUUCUCUGUCGCAGUACACGCACAAACCACUGUACCAUCUCAAGUGCAACAGCACCAAGGGCCUGCUGCUGGCCGAGGGGCCGAUCCACUCGUCGAUACCCAUGCAUUCCAUCGACCUAUCCUACCUGGGGCUGACCCGCUUCGGCCACGUGCUGGACAAGCUGCCGGAUCUCACAUCCGUGGACCUGUCGCACAACGAGCUCCACGAGCUCGGUCACCUGAGCAAGCGGAUCAAGAAGCUCAACCUGAAGCACAACCGCCUGACCUCCGCCAAGCUGGUGAAGCUGCCGCUGAACCUGCAGAUUCUGAACCUGCAGCACAACGGCAUCACGAACCUGCCCAUCGAAAUCACCCACCUGCAGCACCUGCAGCAGCUGGAGAUCGGUCACAACGACAUCAACUGCUCGUGCAAGACCUUGGAGGUGCGAAACUGGCUGCAGGAGCGUCACGUCUACAUGGAGCACCCCGUGGUCUGCAGCCACCCGGUGGAGGUGAAGGGAAAGUCCUGGUUGCAGCUGAAGCAGUCGGAUAUCUGCCAGAAGGAGGGUCGCGGAUGGUUCACCCCAGAGGCCGACGAGAAUGAGCUGAUGAUGGGUGACCAGCCGGCGGCCGCCUCCGGUGAGCACGAGGAGGAGGAGGAGGAGGAAUUGGGCAAGGACUUCCUGCCCUUUGAUGGGAAGACGAAGACCCAGAGCAAGCCCAAGAAGGUGGCUCGUUCCCCACAGGAGCCACUGCCCGGUGACGAAGUCGAAGGCUCCGGCGACCUGAGCGAGACCAACAUGGAACUCUCCCUGCCCGAGGAGGCGGCCGUGGAAGUACCUCUUUCCGACACCACCGCCGCGCCAAUUGUGGAGCACAUUGUGAACGACGAGGAGGAAGAGGACAACGAGGGCUCCGGCAGUGGUGGAGGCAUUCUCAUUAUGCCAGCCAUAGCCAACAUUCCCAUUGGCUCGGACGACGACCAGGAAGAGGGACAUCCCGAUGACAACGAUAACGAUAUCGACAACCAACCCAUAGAGACGCCCGUAACUCCGGACAUCUUCAAGAACUCGGGUAUCGGCAUUUUCGAGGGUUCGGAGGGCGAACAGGAGCCCGUGCAGGAGGGAGUGAUUGUGCCGGUGGUACAGACCAAACUGGAUACGGAAACCCGACACCAGGAGGUGGUCACCGACGGACCCAUCGAUGACAGCACGAAAUCCGCGGACAUUCAGACUGCCCAAGUAAAGGACGACAGCAACGCCAUUUACUACCUGCUAGCCGUGAUCGGCCUGGUGGUGGUUGGACUGAUCCUCUUUGUGGCCAUCAAGCGCUGCAAGUACGACAGUAACGUGGCUGCUCGCGACGCCGAGGCUCAGCGCCAGACGGAGCUCCUCGACAUGGACAAGAAGAACCUGGGCAAGCCGUUGACCAAGAACGGGCAUGGCCUCGAGCACUCACCGCUCAUCGGGGAGAAGACCAAGCUGGACGAGGCGCAGAUAGUCAAAAAGCCGUACGACAACGGCGACGCCAAGGACGGAGCCAAUCAACAGCCGCUUCUUAACGGCAACGGCUCGGCCAACGGAGCCGCCAAGGAGGUGCCCAGCAUCAAUGAGCCUGCCCCACACGAGUACUACCCCAUAACACCCCGUUACCCCACUCCACAGUCACCACGCGCCUCCAAAUACGCCCAGCACCCACAGGGCGGCAGCGGAACCGGAUCUCCUGAUGAGCAGAACAACAACGAGCCGGAUAGCACUUUCCUGCCAUCCUCGCCCAAAUCGGGCCGCUACUCUCCGGUCUACUCGCCCGAGACGGGUCGCGUGAAGAUCAAGCUGACGGAGACGCCUAAGCCCAAGACUCCGAUGUUGGUCACCCGCAGCAAGUCCAAUGCCGGGGACAUUAUCAGUACCCCCGUGCGGCCCGUCGUCCCCACACAUCAGGUGCAGCUUACCGUCAACGGCAAUGGUGUGGGACACUGACGGGCUCCGUCAGAGCCAGAUCCAGAGCCAGCCAUCGACUCUUCAGAAGAACAGCAACAGAAACAACAACAGAAAAACUAUUCGAUUAAGGCCCCGCUCCCCUCUUAAAUGUAACCAGAAGAAGUAGUGCUAGCCAUAAGUAAAUUAAUUAAUUAAUUAAUUAAGCAUAAAUCUAGUUUAAUACCAAAGUUAAACGAUAUAUAUUUAAUGUAAAUUGCUACCUAGAAGCGAGAUCAGAUCUACGGAAACAGAACAUCUUCGAAACGCUUUCGACUGUGCCGCGCCGCUAACCCCAGCAUCAGCAUGUGAUGUACACACCCAUACUGUACUUUUAUAUCUACAAAAACCAAACUAUAUAUUGUAAAAUAUUUAAGCUUCAUUCUCCUUGUGUGAAAUUAUAACGAGUUAAUUCAUUAAAUGUGAGCGACUUUUCAAUCCAAA